GGAUGUUUUGCCUUAAAACCCCCAAAAUACUGUUUUGUGGAGAAGAAGAACAAGGCAGGGAGGAACAACUUCAAUAACAAUCAUGUCUCUUUUUCAAAUCUGAAGCAUCGGGUUCCUGUUCCAACAAAGAAAACGGAAGCACAAACCAAGUGGCUUACUCUUACUACUACGCGCCAAAGCCUGAUUGAGAAACGCAGUUCCAACUCUUCUUCACAAAAAUAUCUCAAUUUUAUUAUCUCUGUGAUCAGCUUCAAUGGCUUCAUUAAGUUCAGUUUCAGUUGCGCACGUAUCAUUUUCCAUCUCUAACCUUCAAGUUCCAAGAAAUUACAGACGUUUGCCUACUUUAUUUGCAUCAUCAUCAGCUACGCCUUCUCAUGAAUCAUCUUCAUCCACACAAAGUGGGAGUGUAUUAUCCUCAACUAAUUCUCCACCAAAAGUUCCCUUUGUUGAGUCUUCUAAAAUCCCGGAUACUGGAUUCAACUAUGCUUUGGCAAAUCCUAAUGGAAACCCAGUUAUUAGAUUUGUUCAGCACACCGAAUCAGCUAUUGAAAGGGCAAUAUUUGACUUCCGUUUUCUGGCACUCCUUGCUAUCGGAGGUUCAUUGGCUGGUUCUCUGCUCUGCUUCCUCAAUGGUUGUGUCUACAUUGUUGACGCUUACAAAGUUUAUUGGAGCAGCUGUGUCAAAGGAAUUCACACAGGACAAAUGGUUCUGCGAUUGGUUGAAGCUAUAGAUGUUUAUCUUGCUGGGACCGUGAUGUUAAUAUUUGGGAUGGGCUUGUAUGGAUUGUUCAUCACUAAUGUCUCUCCUGAUGUGCAUCCAAGCAGUGAUCGUGCCCUCAAGCAGUCUUCCUUGUUUGGGAUGUUUGCUCUGAAGGAGAGGCCAAAAUGGAUGAAGAUCAGUUCGCUUGAUGAACUAAAAACCAAAGUGGGACAUGUAAUUGUCAUGAUUCUUCUUGUCAAGAUGUUCGAGAGGAGCAAGAUGGUCACUAUAGCCACUGGUACUGAUCUGUUGAGCUACUCAGUGUGUAUCUUCUUGUCUUCUGCUUCCUUGUAUAUUCUCCAUAAUCUGCACAAGGAGUAAUAGUUGACAUGUACUAUACUCAUGUAUGUAUGUAUAGCCAAGUAAUCAAACUUUUGAAGCUAAAAAAAAAGGGCAGUCAGGUA